AUGGAGGAAAAGCAGCUGUAUGGCGCUCUCACGGUAUAUCGUGAAAGAGGAGCUUACUUACGUCGACUCGAACAGUUUGAGAAGGCGAAAGCUUCCUAUGAUGAAGCAUUCAAGAGUAACUCCGAGGAUGUGCGCACACUGACGGGCCGCAGUCAGGUAUGCGCUGACGCCGUGCGGCCUGUACAAGCAUACGCUGACGCGGAGCUGGCGCUCAAACUAUCGCCCGGCAACAUGAACGCACGCAAUAUGCAGGCUCGUGCCAUGUAUACCAUGUCUGACUUCGAACGGUCAGUUGUUAUGAACUUCCGAGCACUUCGUCUUCGACGCCAACCACCUUGCUUCAUGGAAGGCAUCAAUCAGGGAAUUGAAACUAUUCAAGAUUGUAUCGGAAUAAACGCCGGUAAUGUUAUGUUAGACUUUCUGCCACUAAUUAAAAAACUAGAAGCAGAACGUCCGGAUGAGAAUGAGCCUCAAAAAGUUUUACAUGUGAACCGUAUACCUAAAAUGGAACGUAAACAUAAGCUAACGGAUGACUGA